UCUCCUACAUUCACUCCUCUGACGGUCCAAACCUAAACAUGUCGUGGACCUAUGCUUCACUGCUGGCUCUGCUCACACUGAUCUGUGCACUGUCCUUGUCCCCAGAGGCUGAUUCUGCAGCUGUGCCUAGUGACAACAACGCAAAGGAUGCAAAAGGGCCUCUUAAAAAGAUCUUCUUAAAGGAGGCUGAUGCGUCAAACUUCUUCAAACGCCGCAGCAGGAGAGCGUCCAAGUCCCAGGAUGAGAUUAAUGCUGAACAGAGGCAGGUCCUAGCCGCAGACGAGAGAAGGAGGGAGUUUCAUGAGGAGAAAAGAAAUGAGUAUGAGAACUACGCUGAGGAGCAGAGUGAUGAACAAGAUGAGCGUACCAGGGAGAGCACGGAGCAGUGGAGGGAAUUUCAUUAUGACGGAAGAUACCCUCCUCAAGAGUACAACCGCCAGUCCAUCUGAGAUACAAACAUAUGGGACAAUAAGAAAGUGGAAAGACUAAAUAUUAUGUACACACAACUGGAUGUAGUGGAUAUUGUAGGACAUGAGACUGUUGCUGUAUUUUAACAUAUUAGACAUAUUUUACUCUCUUUUAGAAGUACUGAAAAUAAGCCAGAUAUAUUUACUAAUGCAGAACUAACUUGUGGUUUACAGAUUAUGAAUGAAAGUUAUGCCAGUUAUUACAUACCAUUUGUUAACCUGUUUAUGCUAUAUUCACAAUUUACUAACAAUGUAAAGCAUAAUCCUAAGAACCUUAACAAUCCUUAGCAAGUAUUAUUAUUUUAA